GAGUGAGUGUCGUCCAUUCAAAGUAUUCAGGCCAUGUUGGACUUGGCUUCGGCUACCAACUCUUCCUCGCAGUUCAAGCUGGACAUGACCAAUCAGGAAAUACCUUCGUGGGUUCUCUGCAUUUCACUUUAAAACCCAUGUAUUCAAGAUUCCCUAUGCUCUCCCUUUGAGACACAGUUUAGCUUAGGAGGGCACAGGUAUUCUUAUCUAAUAUUAUGGCAGGGUUGUUCGACAAACAGGCGGAGAUUUAUGUGGAUGCGAGGCCAACAUAUCCAACCGAAUGGUAUUCAAAGCUCGCUGCUCUCACCCCCCAACACUCAUUAGCCUGGGAUGUCGGCACCGGCAACGGACAAGCAGCUCUUGGGGUUGCUGAGCAUUAUGAGCAAGUGAUUGGAACAGAUAUAAGUGAAAACCAACUAAAACAGGCGAAGCAGCAUCCUCGAGUCAAAUACAUCCACACCCCAUUAUCCCUCUCGGAUGAUGAAUUUGUGACAUUAAUGGGGGGUGAAAACUCAUUUGAUUUGGUGACCGUGGCUGAAGCCGUACACUGGUUUGACCUCCCAAAGUUCUAUUCCCUCGUUACGCGUCUUCUGCGUAAGCCAGGAGGAGUAAUUGCCGUUUGGGGCUACUAUGGAAUGGUAGUAAGCACAACCUUUGAUCCUCUAAUAAAGAGAUUCCGAGAAGCAACCAACCCCUUUUGGGACCCCAGGGCACAUCACUUGCUGGAUGGUUAUAGGACACUUCCAUUUCCUUUUGAAAGUGUGGGUUUAGGUUCUGAGGGAGAACCACUGCAACUUGAAAUGCAACAUAAGUUGUCCAUUGAAGGGGUUGUGAGGAUGAUGAGGUCAUUGUCGGCAGUCACCGCAGCCAAGCACCAAGGGGUGGAUUUGUUAUCUGAAGGAGUGAUUGAGGAUCUUGAGAGUGCUUGGGGUGGGCCGAAUAAGAUCAGAACUGUGACAUACAAGGCAUUUAUGCUUUCAGGAAAAGUAAAGCUGUAGGUAAUUUUCAUCAAGUUCAUCUGCGUACGUAAUCUGUUGAUGUAAAAGCUGUUUAAUUUGUCCUUCUUUGGAGACCAGAUGCUCUUUUUUCGUUUUUUUAAUUGCAAUUUGGGAAGAUAAUAAAUGGAUUUCCAUUCAGUUUUUG